UCGCUUCGGCAACCCGACCAGCGACAUGGCGCUCGGGGCUUUCGCCGAGUUGAUUUGGUCUUACGUGGAUCUCAACACGAUCGUAGUGUCAUUCUCUGUUUAUUGGUUCACGAAGUUUUUCGUAUGGCAGGGCUAUGUUUUUUCGAAGAAAAACAGCCCACCGGGUUUUUUCGGCUUCCCAUUCGUUGACGUUAUGCCCUACUUCAUUUUCGGGCGGGAAACCACCCUCGAGAGAUUCGAGAGCAACAGCAAAAAAUAUGGACCGGUCAUCAGAUAUCGACGAGGUGCAGAGACAAUGGUUGUUGUCACUGGAGUGAACGCUGUUCGAGAGGGCUUCUUGAACGAUGACUUACUCGGCAGACCAAGACACCCAAUGCAAGAUUUAGAUGAAGACAACAUCUUCGCCAAGAAAUCCAUAUUGAACAUCGAGGGAGACCUGUGGAGGAAACAACGGAGGUUUUCCCUGAUCGCUCUGAGAGAUCUCGGUUUCGGAAAGACUGCGAUCAUGGAGGACCGGAUUCAGGAAGAAAUUAGAGAACUCGUCGAGAGAAUCGAAACCAGCGAAGCUGCACCGUAUAACAUUCACUCGGAUCUCAUUGAAUCCACGGGGAACAACAUGAACUCACUUGUGUUUGGAGGAAAAUUCCAUGAGGGAGAUGACAAGAAAAAGCAAGUGUAUCGGAUCAUGACGGACAUCAUCGGCGCAUCGGAGAGCCUCAUCAAAAUCCUCUUCAUACCGUUCGCAGCGAAGCUCAUGAAGAAAUUGGGCAUCGGCGGCAUAAAGGUGAUCCAGGAGCUUUCGGCGAAACUCGAGAAUUUCAUGACGGAGGACAUUCGGAGCCAUGCAGAGGAUCUGGACCACAAGAGCCCGAGGGACAUCGUCGACCACUUCCUGAUAGAACAAGAGAAAGACAAGGAUUUCACGAGUAUGGAAGACUUCGCAGAGAAUCGAUCGCUGGAGCUUGUGCUCGGCAAUGCCGUCGCAUUCUUCUUCGCCGGAAGCUCAACCGUUCGCGUCACAGUCGAGUACUUGUUGCACCUGAUGGCGCAAUACCCUGAAGUCCAACGCAAGGUGCAAGCGGAGAUAGAUGAAGAGGUUGGACAGAGUCGUGUGACCUGGGCUGACAGCCCAAGACUGCCUUACACGAUGGCUGUGAUUGCCGAAAGGCAUCGUUAUUUCACCGUGGCUCCCACAGGUGUACCAAGAAAGGUUCUGCGACCUACGAAACUCUGUGGAUACGAUCUGGAGGCUAACGAUCAGGUCAUCUUCAACCUUGAUUCGGUUCACUUCGACCCUGAGCUCUUCGAAAGCCCAUACGACUUCAAACCCGAAAGAUUCAUCGACCAGAAUGGCGCGCUCACUAACACUGAAAAAGUUUGGGCGUUCUCGAUCGGCAAACGAGCUUGCCCCGGCGAAUCUCUGGCGGUCCUUGAGGUGUUCCUUUACUUCGCCACAAUUCUGCAAAACUUCACGAUCGAGGCUGACGGUCCCGUGAAAUUCAGACCCCUCAGAGGGAUUAUAGCGGAAACGCUCCCUCAAGAGCUACGCUUCGUCCGGAGAGUCUGAGCGGUCGGCCCGGAUCCUGCGUGUUUUCUAUUCCCAAGACUCCACUCCCUCACAGCGAGUGGAGCCUGAGCUCCGCAUAUACCCUAUAUCUGAGCUUUUUCAUGGGGCUUGUUCCAGCCAGAGCGCUCGAAGACAGAGUCGGAGCACGGCUCACCACGGAUGAGAUUGAAGUUCCGUGGUUAUUCUCGCUGUUUACAGGCCACGAUAUCAAGAACUUUUGUCGCGGGCGAACGCGACGAUGAAUAAUGGCUAUUGCAGAAAUGAUGUUCCUUGGGUGACCCGCGACGUUGAUCGUCGACGCACUCUGUCGAAUUCAGAGGCUCUAUUACGGAAGGAAUCCCAACGACCGCCGAAAACUCGAUGUGUAAUAUACCUUCCAACAUAAAUGCGUAGAGCA